AUGAGCGACGACAACUUUAGUACGCUGGAGCAGUCGUCGGAAGAAUAUGAUUCGGAGGUUGAUGACGACGGUGACGGUGUGAAUUAUAGUGCAAGUUUCGUGACAGACAAGGUUUUUCGAAUGUUUGAUGAAGCAGUUAGUUGGGCGGAUGCUGUUGCAAAAAAUCUGGGAUUUAUUUUGGUGAAAUCGUCUUUCAACAGACAGAGGGAUGGUCGGCCAUAUCGAUAUUUAAGAUGUGAUCGAGGACGCAGGAGUAAGCCGAGAGAUCUUGAGAACGCAAUAAGGAAGGACACGAAAACCAAAGCCAAUGGUUGUCCUUUCUACAUCAAGAUAUCUUACAAUUUUGUCAACGACUGUUGGUUUAUCACAGUGAAAAAUGAUGUAACUGGGACCCACAACCAUCCAAUGAUUGCGUAUCCAGAGGGCCAUCGUAAAAUAAGCGGGUUAAGCACGGAAGCGAAGCAGGUUGUGCGUAACAUGACCAAGUCUAAGGUAGCACCGCGUAACAUCAUGGCGACUAUUGCCGAGCAAUUUCCUCAGGAUCAUCCAAACAUCAGACACAUCUACAACUGCCGAAAUGACUUCAGAACCGAGAUGUCAAAUGGGAGAGGAGUUGUUCAGCAAUUUCUACAUUUGGCUAGACAGAGUCAGUAUGUCUACUGGGUAUUGUCUGAUGAUCAAGGCGUUUUACAGCACGCCUUCAUGGCACAUCCAGUCAUGGUAGACAUCCUACGGACGUACCCGUAUGUGAUCGGUAUGGAUUCCACAUACAAGACCAACCGAUACGGAAUGCCGUUCUUUGAGAUAGUUGGUGUGACACCGACAAAUCAAAAUUUCCUCGUCGGUUACGUCUUCAUGUGCAACGAGUGCACGGCCAGCUAUCUAUGGGUUUUGCAGAGAUUGAGAGACUUGAUCGGGUUUGAUAAGGAGCCGUCGGUUUUCUUGACUGAUCGUGAGCUGGGGCUAGUUGCAGCAUUGAGGGAAGUGUUUCCAAGGACCUUGCACUUACUUUGUCGAUGGCAUAUUAACAAAGAUGUUGAGGCUCGUGUCACUGAUAUGUUCAAAAGCAAAAAGGUCGGUGCGACAUUCAAAAACGGGAGAUGGAAACGUGUGAUGGACGCUGCAACCGAGGAGGAUUAUGAGGCUGCUGUAGAGAUGAUGAAACUGAAAUGGGCAAGUUAUCCAAAGGUGAUAGAGUAUGUUGAGAGGACUUGGCUUUGUCAUAAAACGAAGUUUGUGACAUUUUGGACAAACCAAGUUCUUCAUUUUGGCAACACAAGCACAUGUAGAGUUGAGAGCCAGCAUUCGGCCAUCAAGAUGUGGUUUGAUUCUUCGACAGGUUCUUUGGAUACCGUAUGGGCCCGAGUUCAUUGUCACAUUGGUAAUCAGAUCAUCCCUAUUCGCAAUGAUUUGGAGGCAUCUAGGUCGAAGAUUGGUCAGAAGUACCGACAAUUGCCAUUGUCACGUAUUAACGGCAAGGUGUCUCAGAAUUGUUUGAAGAUUCUCGACAAGGAGACGAAAAGGAUGAGGGAUCUGAGUUAUCAGGUGUAUGAGCGUUGCAGAUGUGUAUUGCGGGUGACCCAUGGUUUGCCAUGUGCUUGUCAGAUACAUGAGUCUUUAGCUCGAGAGACGGGCUUGUAUAGUAGGCAAAUUCACCAGUUCUGGAAGACUUUGGUUAUCGACAAUGGUAAUGACGGAACAACGUUCGGUAAUGACGGCGACCGAGGACGCCACACAUUUUCGAAAUCUAAUGGACGAGGUACUUGA